AUAAAAGAGAUCGCCGACCGGUACUCUAGUAGUACUCCUCGCGUAUUCCUCGGGAUACGUGGUCGUGAAAGCGUUUCGUCAACGAACCGAAGCGUGAAGAUAAGGCGUUUCGCCUCCAAGCCCACUUGGCGAAGCAACCUUGUAAGCAGUCCACUCACGCGGCACUCGGCGGCCGGCUGUAAGGAAGCACGUAAGGACCUCUCUCGCAGAACCGGUGUGCGCACAUUGUGUGUGCACAAGGCGACCCAAGGACUCCCACGACCUACGACCUGCGAGGGCAAUCUGAACGCGACACACGUAAAGGAGAGCGAACUUGACCCACAUCUAGGAGAUACGUCGAAGAACACGCGAUUCAACUGUGACAAGAGCUGUGACGGAGAACUGCGAAGGAUUCGACGAGGAUCGUAAUCACAAGGUCCGCUCACACAGGAAAGGAUGACGCGAGCGUGGCUGUUGUUGUUCGGCCUUCUGGCGUUGGGUCACUGUCAGAUAAUUUACCCGGAUCAAUAUGAGAUAAUGAAGGCGGCGUCGAAUUCACCUUACCCGUACCCGAGCGACGAGCGUAUCUUGGGUACCAGCAACAGAGAGCCGGUACAGGAUGUUCAGCAAUAUGCAGCCGCAGCUCAGGCAGCAUCAGGACGUCCAUUAUUUGCCGCAUCCCAAGCACCAUCACAGCAACCAUUAUCUGCCCCGUCUCAGGCAGCGUACUACCCCCCGGCGACGAUCACAACGCCGGUACCCAGCCCGCAAUCUUUGCCGCAAGAUUGGGGCACUCAUGUGAACAACAUUAUAGCCAAGGGCAUCACGAAGUUUACCUUGGACUUGGACAAGGCGAUUUACAACUCCAAAGAGACUUCGGCGGCCAGCCGAAAUCGUCAAAACUCGAUCUUCUCGCCGCUCAACAUAGGCGCUGCCUUAUCGGUGGUGCUAUUGGGAUCCGCUGGACGCACCUUCGAUGAGGUGUCGCGGGUGCUCGGCUUGGAGACCGGCGUCGACAUAUCCCAACACUCGGAAAUCGUCCAUCAGAUGUUCGGCUUGCUGCUAAACACCGUGAAUUAUAGAGUCGCGGAAGGCAACGGGCCGCGCGUCUCUACCGCCAGCGGUAUCUUCGUUCAGGAAGGAUUCCCCAUUCGCCCCCAAUUCCAAGCGAUCAGCCAGAACGCGUACAAGAGCGAAGUCAUAAACCUGGACUUCCGCAACAGAGGUGAGGAAGCGGUGAAGACGAUCAACAAUUGGGUGAAGCAACGAACGAUGGAGAAGAUCUCCGGCAUAAUAUCGCAGGCACCAGAUCCCCAGACUAACGUGAUACUCGCGUCGGCGCUUUACUUCAACGGCGAGUGGAAUCAGCACUUUAUAAACUCCGCUACGAGAAGGAGGCCAUUUUCCGUCGAGCCGAAUGAGUCGGCGAUUGAGAUAGAUAUGAUGUACAACGGUGGUUCGUUCCCCUUUUACGAGGACAAGUCACUCGGUGUUAAAGUAGUGCAGCUGCCCUACAAAGGAUUGGAGAUGUCCAUGUACGUGCUCCUGCCGAAAGCCGAAGGCGCCACCGCCCUGAGGAGCUUCAGCAACCAACUGACGACGGAAAUGAUCGAACACUUGAUGAACAACCUUAAGAAUCAGACUUGCGUUAUCGGUCUGCCGCGCAUGAAGCUCUCGAGUUCGUUGAGCUUGAAGAAAGCACUUACCAGUCUAGGUCUACGCUCGUUGUUCAAUCCCCAUAGCGCGGACCUGAGUAUCCUGUCGAGCGGCUACGGCGCUCAACCGGUGGCUGCUGCCACGGGACGUCCUUAUGAUCCACUAGCAGUGCUGCCACUCGUAAAUACACAAACGAUACGGCCGCUCGCGAGUCCUCAAGCAGCAUAUCGUCCUCAAACAAUCACAUCGAACAUAACGCCGCGGCCAUAUACGAUACCGCAAACGCUGCCGCAGGCAAUAUCGCAAAACAUGUCGCGAACAUUACCGCAAAACCAACAGCAGGCAUUGUCGAAUGUGCUGUCGCAAGCUAUACCGCAAGCCUUGCCGCAAGUGUCGAGCCAAGCUAUGGACAACGACAACAACAACAACAUCUUGAUCUUCUCGCGAUUCGAUCCAGGUGAAAACGACGCUGUGACCGGCGGUGUGAGGAGAAAUUAUUUCAGGUACGAGGAUAAGCCACGCAGAGUUGCCGUGGAGCAAUGGGGCACGGGUUUUCACAUUCGAAAAAUUCGCAGAACACGCCGCGACACCGAUGACGGACGUGACGAUGACGCGUCUCGACUGACGUACGUUGCCAAGGAGGACCAUGGGGACCUCCGUCGCGACAAUCCGAACACAAAGUACGUUAGCCUGGAGGAGAACAAGUACCGCUUCCGGGAGGCUUCCGGCGAGGAGAAGCGCACGGGCCGGAAGAGACGUCAGGUCGCUCGACCCAUGGACCAGAGUUUCCUCAAGUUCAUCCAGAGCCAGAAUUUCCCAUACUACGGCCUGGAUGACUUGCGGAACAAAGGGCAACUGACGAAUCCGGGUCUGUUCGCCGAUGAUGUACUGCACAAGGUAGAGAUGGAAGUGUCGGAACGCGGUACUGAAGCCGCGGCGUCGACUUCCGUAAUCCUCGAGCGCGAUGGUAAUCAGAAGCGACUGAUCGCCAAUCGGCCUUUCCUCUUCUUCAUCCGGCAUGACCCGACCGGGCUGAUCCUCUUCUGGGGGACGGUAAACACGCCAACUCCGAAUUACUCCGCCGUAAGAUGAGACCAACUGCGGCGAAUGUUCUCGGGGAUUUACAGAGUUCCUCUUCGAUAAUUCGCGCUCUCGAGCGAGUACUAGUGAGUGCGCACGCACGCAUACAUACACACAUACACAACACACACACACACACAUACACAACAUACACAUUCGCACAUUCGAUUAUUUUCUACGUAUUUAUAUAUUCGUCUCUUUCGACUCGAGCAAAUGUAAUUAUCUUCGUACCUCUACAUUUUCCUCGUCUUUUUUUUGUAUUUUGUGCUGCCGCACACAUCGCUUCUGCCUUGAGCUUAUCGUGCUGUCACGUCGAGCAUCGUUUUGCUUCUACUUCUCACUGUAUUCUAUUUUAUUAUUUAUCAUACGUUCGUGUCUCAUGCUUCUGGCAGUAUUAUCGUAUAGUACGUCGAUAAAUUCGAGUCAGAACGCGUUCUUCCCCGGUGUAGCUUGAAUAUGUAUGAAUGAGCGACGUUCGGAUUUUAACAAUUUUAAACAUUCGGAUUUUGAUGGUUUUGAGGCGAUCGAGACGUUAGUUUACGAA